AUGCCCAAACCAAAGAAAGCCCCAGCAACUAACGGCAAAUCAGCUCAAGCUUCUACAGCAUCAGCAACAGCACCACCCGCCAGCAGCGCCUCGCCCUCCUGGCCCCCCUUCAAGCCCUCUCUCCCCAUCACCGACCUCACCUUUGACACACUCGUGGACGACAAAGUCGUCGUCCUCCGGAACUUCUUUCCCAAAUCUCUAUGUCGUGAUUACGUCUCCUUCCUGAGCACGCUCCCGCUGAUCACCACGCCCGGGAAACCCAAGCGGGGGAUGGCGGUGCGAGUCAAUGAUCGGUUCCAGAUUGACGAUCAGAAGUUUGCCGAUAGGUUGUGGUAUGAGACGGGGUUGAAGGAGGCGGUUUUGGGGGGUGGGUUGGAGCAUUUAUGGGGUGGUGAAGUCAUUGGCCUGAACCCAAAUGUCAGGAUAUAUCGAUACACAAAGGGGCAAUUUUUUGAUGCGCAUUACGACGACUCAAACAAAAUCACCCUCACCCUCCCCCCCUCUGACGAUAUUCCGAGCCCGAACCGACAACAAGUCCCCGCCAAAACGACCUGGACCUUACUGCUCUAUCUCACCUCCGCCAGCGAAGGGUGCACGGGCGGCGAGACCGUCUUUUACCCUCACGACCGGCAGGUGGCAAAGGAAGCGAUUGCCGUAGCUCCGGAGACGGGUAUGCUGUUGCUGCAUAAGCAUGGAAACGACUGUAUGUUGCAUGAGGGCAGGGAGGUGACGGCGGGCGAGAAGUGGAUUAUUCGGACGGAUUUGUGUGUCGCUAGAGGAGGAAGGUGAGAAGCGUAUGCGCGAGAAGGUUGAGGUGAUGAAUCUUGAUCCUUUUCACUACAAUGCUCCGGAAUCAAAGUAAGUCGUGGUGGGAGGAAGGCACCAAGAAGUCCGACCGAAUUUGGAGUUUGAACAACUCAAGUAUCGACGAAUACCGGAUUGCAGAGAGAGACACAAACUGGAUGUGCGAGUAGGGAAAGAAAAAAAGAAGAGAG